AUGCCUCGUUCAAAGCGUGCGCGCGUCGUCCACGAGUCGAAGACUGCCAAGAAAGAUCACAAGGAGCAGACCCGCCGGUUGUUCGCCAACAUCCGGGAAUGUAUUGAAGAAUAUGAUCAUCUUUUUGUCUUUGCGGUCGAUAACAUGCGGAACACCUAUUUGAAGGAUGUGCGCACUGAAUUCGCUGACAGCCGUGUUUUCUUCGGCAAGACCAAGGUCAUGGGAAAGGCCCUUGGCACUGAUGUCGAAAGCGAAGCCGCUCCCAACCUGCGCAAACUUACUCCUUUCCUCGCCGGCGCCGUCGGACUGCUCUUUACCUCCCGCACUCCGGAAUCAGUAAUCGACUAUUUCGAGAACUUCCGUCCCCAGGACUUCGCCCGCGCUGGAACCGAAGCCACGCGCUCGUUCACCAUCCCCAACGGCCUAGUCACUGCACGGGCCGGCGAGAUCCCUGCUGAACAGGAUGAGCCUGUCAGCCACACCAUUGAGCCCGCGCUCCGCAAGCUGGGCGUGCCCACCCGUCUGGUGAAGGGCAAGGUCAUGCUUGAGUUGACUGAGGGUCAGGAGGGCUACCGUGUAUGCAAAGAGGGAGAGACUCUGGACUCACGACAGACUACGUUGAUGAAGAUGUUCGGUAUCACCUCGUCCGAGUUCAAGGUCGAUCUCAAGGCCUAUUGGACGCGGAGUACUGAGAAGGUCAAGAUCCUCGACAGUGAGGGUGGAAUGGACGUUGACGCAUAG